AUGGAUGUGAUGGUGCAUUAUGAAUGGAAACCGAUUGUAUGUUUACAGUGCAAUGGGUUGGGACACGAGACUACUUUGUGCAAGAAACAAUCUGGGUCUAAGGUUUGGAUACCCAAAGAUCAAGGGAAGGCAGCUCAUAAGAAGGUGAAUGUAGAUGCAGACGGGUUUUGUGUUGUCAAGGGGAAAGGGAGUAAAGGAUUUAGCAAUGACUGGCACAAGGAGAGGAUCCCUGAAGAUCUUAUGGACAUUCGUUUUUGCUCUAGUCAGUUCAUUCACUACUGGGUGGUGCCCAAGAAUGGUUUGAGAGCUUUUUUCUGCACCUUUGUUUAUGCCUUUAAUGAGGAGGAGCGUAGGAUGGUUUUAUGGCAGCAUAUUAGAAAUUUGAGGACUAAGGAGACGUGGGUUCUGCUUGGAGAUUUUAAUGCCACCAUUUAUCAAGAUGAGCGUAUUGGAGAAAGGGUGAGGUCCCUCUAUUCUGAAGCAUUCAGUGAUUUCUUGAUAGAGUGUGAUCUUCUUGAUAUUCUGUAUACUGGCUAUUUCUUCACAUGGAAUAAUAAGCAGACUCCACCUGAUCGGAUUGUUGCAAAACUGGAUAGAGUGCUUAAAGGUUUAUUUGAUCACUCGCCGGCUGUCCUUUCUUUGAUUAAGAAUAUGGAUUUGGGGAAGAAGCCAUUUCGUUAUUUCAAAAUGUGGCAAAGAUUUUCGGGUUACCAACAAUGUGUUAGUGAGGCUUGGCAAAUUCUGGUCCAUGGCACUCUUAUGUACAGAGUGCAUGUUCAUGAUGACCCUCAAAAUACUCAACUUAUUACUGAGGAAUUGCAUUGCAGGCAGGGGCAUACUCAGCUUAGGGAUGCUUAUCUAGAAUUUCUGAGUCAAAAGGCGAAGUUGAGUUGGAUCCAGCUUGGUGAUGCUAAUACUCAAGUUUUUCAUCGGAGGAUUCGGCAACGAAGGUUGAAAAAUUCUAUAAUGGCUAUUCACGAUGAGCAAGUUCAGUGGCAUGAUACUCAAUGGGAAUCGAAAAUGCUUUUCUUGAUUAUUAUCAGCAUUUAUUGGGUGGGAAGUGUCAUGGCAGAAGAUGUGUGCAAAGUUGUGUCAUGGAUGAAGGGACAGUUCUUUCCUCAGCUAAUAUUCAAACACUUUUGCAACCUUUUGAGAAUAAAGAAGUUAAGGAUGCCAUUUUUGAGAUCCCUGGAGACAAAGCUCCAGGCCCGGAUGGAGAUUAAUGCCACCACAAUUACUCUAAUUCCUAAAGUUAAUUGUCCUGACAGUGUAAGUGACUUUCGGCCUAUUUCUUGUUGCAAUGUGUUAUAUAAAGUGGCUGCCAAGCUUAUAUAUAGUAGGUUGAGAAAAGUUUUGCCUGAUCUGGUUGCGGGCAAUCAAGGAGGUUUUAUUCAAGGCAGAUAUAUUGGGCAUAAUGUGAUGAUUUGUCAAGAUUUAAUUAGACACUAUGGGAGGAAAGGAGGUAAGCCGAAUUGCAUUAUGAAAAUAGACAUUAUAAAAGCUUAUGAUACUGUAGAAUGGGAUUUCCUUGAAGAAAUGCUUGAGGCUUUUCGAUUUCCUCAUCACUUUAUUCAUUUGAUCAUGGUUUGUGUGAGAACUCCUAAGUUUUCAAUCAUGCUAAAUGGGUCCUUGCAUGAUUUUUUUAAUGCUUAUCGGGGGCUGAGACAAGGGGAUUUGAUGUCUCAUUUGUUGUUUGUUUUGGAUAUGGAGUAUUUGUCUAGAAUUCUGAAGAAAAUUGCGAGGGGCAAAGACUUUCUGUUCCAUGAGAGAUGCGCGGACCUUCAACUCACUCACUUGUGUUUUGCUGAUGAUGUGGUAUUAUUUUCUCAUGGUGAUUUUAAAUCAGUAUACCAAUUAUUACAAGGGUUUGAAUUAUUCUCUCAAUCAUCCAUCUUGCAAGCUUAUUACAGUGAAUCAAAGUUCAUUAGCAGUGGUAUUUUAGAAGAGGAGAUCCAAAGAAUGCUCCUGGUUUCCAAGUUGAAGAGAGACAUGGAAUCUGAAAACAUUUUUGACAUGUACUGUGCUCCCGAGGCUCCUGAAGCUCCUACGAGCAAGAAGAAAAUGAGCAGGCGGCAUCAAGGGGAAAGCAGUAAAGUGCCUUGGGCCAAGAAAUCCCGCACUGCAGACCCUCCAGCAGACGUACCUUCAACAAAUGCAACACCAACUCCUUCUCCCCUCGAGCGGCAAUCUCCGCCUACUCCAGUGGGAUCGACACCUUCCCCACCAGCUCGAGCCGAUCAAACUCAGCUGGUAGCCCCUACUUCCACAAGGGGUGACAUAUCGAGCCAUGCCCUAAGAUCAGCCAAGGACAAGUUGGCAAAAAAUUUGAAGCACGAACGUUGCCGAGAAGCGAUGGUUGGGACAGAGACGAUGGACGUCGACCAGAUCUUAACAUGA